AUGGGCGUCACCGACCCACCAACACAAUCCGUGCGAAACGGGGCUCAGGCCACGGAUGGGAAAGGAACCUUUGACGACCGAAUCCAGAUCUCGAAGAUUGGCGAAAAUGAAGAAUCACACGAGCCACACAUCGAUGCUGAAGGAACUGAAGAGUCUCCAGGUGUAGCAAGAAUGGCGGCCAUCGCAAAAGUCCUGACCACGCCAAAACGAGUGUCGUUCUUUAUCAGUGUCUUCCUGGCCGGCUACGCAUUUGGAUUGGACUAUCUCGUCCGGAAUACCUAUCUGGCCUACGCCACCUCUUCUUAUCAACAACACUCUUUGUUGGCCACCGUCAAUGUUAUCCGGGGAGUCGUCGUCGCCGCCCUCCAACCAUCGAUCGCAAAGCUAGCUUAUGUUUUUGGCCGCAUCGAGAUCUUCUGCUUCGGUCUCGUGAUUUACGUCGCGGGCAGCGUGGUCGAGGCGUGUGCCAAUAAUGUGCAAAGCUUCGCAGCCGGUGCAUUCCUCUACCAACUUGGGUAUACAACGUCACUCUUGAUGGCAGGAAUUAUGAUUGCGGACGUCACGGCGGUGAAAGACCGACUCUUCUUCGCAUUCACGCCAAACUUCCCUUACUUGAUCAACACCUGGAUCAGCGGCAAUGUGACUGCAGCAACGCUAUCAACAACGACCUGGAAAUGGGGUAUCGGGAUGUUCUGCAUCAUCUAUCCCGUGUGCGCUGCACCUCUCAUCCUGCUUAUGGUUCUUCUCGGGCGUCAGGCUCGUAAAUCCACUCCGAGAAGGCGAUACCCUCCCUUACUCAAGUCACUGAAGACUCUCUUCUGGGAGCUUGACACGAUAGGGGUGCUGUUGUUGACCGCGUCCCUGGCCAUGAUAAUGGUUCCUUUGACCCUGGCGGGUGGAGUGGACGAAAAAUGGGACAAUUCUGGGAUAUUGGCGCCUCUGAUCAUCGGAAUCGUGUUGCUCCCGGCUUUUAUCAUCUGGGAAAGUAAAACUCCUUACCCGUUACUCCCGUUUUACCUUUUCAAGGACCGUAUGGUUUGGGCUUGCUUGGGGCUGGGUUGCUUCUGCACAUUUGCAUAUACGACCCAUGCGAGCUACUUGUUCACUCUCCUUUGUGUAUCCUACGACUUUUCUGUCGCAGAUGCUACCCGCAUUGCGUCGCUCUAUGGGUUCUGUGCGGUGCUCUCUGCCGCCAUCUUGGGUUUGAUCGUCAUGAAAGUGCGUCGUCUUAAAGCGUUUGUCCUCUGCGGAGUGGCGGCUACCUUUAUCGGAAUCGGUCUGCUGAUCAAGUAUCGAGGCGGCCCUGAUGCCAAAGUCGGCGUCAUUGUCGGAGAAGUGUUUGUCGGCCUGGCAGGAGGGUUUUUCCCUUACCCGAGUUUAAUCCUUAUCCAAACCAUUGCGAAGCACCAGCACAUGGGUGUUCUGAUCGGUCUCAUGUUCACCGUCAACAACAUGGGUGUGGCCCUUGGAAGCUGCGUGUCGGGAGCCAUCUGGACCCAGACCUUGUACGAAGAACUCAGCAAGAAUCUGGCCCCAUUCAACAACGCCACUCUGGCUCCGGCUAUUUAUGCGGCUCCUCUUUACGUCGUGCCCGAGUAUCCCAUCGGCUCUCCGGAGCGAGAUGCCAUCAUCGUCAGCUACAAAUACAUCCAGCGACUCCUGACAAUCACAGCCGCGGGGCUUACAGUCCCCGUGCUCAUCGCCGCUGUCUUCUUGCGCGACCCCAUAUUGGCGAACGAGCAAUCGCAGCCGGAAGCGGAGCGUCGGACCCCGAAAGUCGAACCAUCCGAAAAGAGAGAUGGGCCAUGGGCCAACAAGUUGUGGCGGGCUUUCUGGAGUUAA